CUAAACUUUAACUUUAUAAAUCUCUCUCUCUCUCAUCUCUCUUUCUCUCUCUCUCUCUAUAUACCUUCAUAUUUUUCAAUAUAUCUUCUUCUAUAUUCUCUAGUACUCUCUACUCAGAUUCCUCACAAGAAAAAAAAAAUAAAAAAUAAAAAAUCAUCAAAUUAAAACCACAAACCUCUUAUCAUCAUCAUCAUCAUCAUCUUCAAUAUCUGAAAUGGCUUACAACAACAACAACAACAGCAACAACAAUGUUAAUAAUUCGAUAUCGAUGUCGAUGUCGAUGUCGGUUUCUUCUCCGGGGAGAAAAAUGGGAAGAGGAAAGAUUGAGAUAAAGAGAAUUGAAAACACAACAAAUAGACAAGUCACUUUUUGUAAAAGAAGAAAUGGUUUGUUGAAAAAAGCUUAUGAACUCUCUGUUUUGUGUGAUGCUGAAGUUGCUCUUAUUGUCUUCUCUAGCCGUGGACGCCUUUAUGAGUAUGCAAAUCAAAGUGUGAAAUCAACAAUUGAUAGGUACAAAAAGGCAUCCUCUGAUACUUCUAAUACUGGAUCAGUUUCUGAAGUUAAUGCCCAGUUCUAUCAGCAAGAAGCUGCAAAAUUACGUGGUCAAAUUGAGUCUUUGCAGAAAGGAAUCAGAGAGUUGCUUGGUGAGUGUAUAGACAGUGCAAAACCAAGAGAUCUUAAAAAUCUGGAGAGUAAAUUAGAGAGAGGAAUUAGCAGAAUUCGAUCCAAAAAGAAUGAGCUACUCUUUGCUGAAAUUGAGUACAUGCAGAAAAGGGAAAUUGAUUUGCACAACAACAACCAACUUCUACGAGCAAAGAUAGCUGAGAAUGAGAGGAACCAAAGCAUGAGUAUGAAUAUGAACAUGAACAUAAAUAUGAACAUGAAUGUUGGUACAAGCAGCUAUGGUCAUCAUCAUGAACUAAUUCAUCAAAAUCAUAAUAAUAACAAUGAUCAUAAUAAUAAUAAUAAUAAUAAUAAUGAUGAUGAGGGUGCAGCAUCAGUUGUGGUACACCAGCAACCAGGAAAUUAUUUCCAAGUCAAUGCUUUACAACCAAAUAACAAUCACUACUCACGCCAAGAUCCCACCAUGGCUCUUCAAUUAGUCUAAAUAUGGUGGUGGGAUCAAAAGAAGAAGUGAUACUUUUGUGCUGCAAAUGGUGAUAAUUUGAUGCCUAGAAAUGCAUGCAUGUAUUUCUCAACUUUAUAUAUAAAUAUAUAUCUAUAUAGCUAAAUCUAUGUAUAAGCAAUUUGCUCUAAGUGCAGGACCUAAUAAAUAUAUAUAUGAUAUAUAUAUAUAUAUAUAUAUAUAUAUAUAUAUAACUGUAAGUCUCUCUAAUAGCUACCACAAUAUGUAGUGCAUAUAUGGCCAAUUAAUUUGUGAUAUUGGUCAUGGAUAAUAUUAUAUCUACUUAAUUUGUCUGUAUAAUUAUAUAUAUAAUGCUUCAAACUUUUUUUGUGAGAGAUGAUAUAAUUAUUAUAAUUAGUAACAACUUAUAUUUAUAUUU